UUCUUCGCUUGGCUAGUUCAGUAUUUCUUCAAAACUAAUAACAGAUUAAGGAAGGGGUGUUAAGUUUAACAGUAAAGUAGUUUAUAGGGUGGGCCACUUGUGCCCUAAGGUCCACGCCACGCGACUCCCUGCGGUGAAUCUUGAAGUUUUCCCUUUUCCGCACUGCCCCCUCCCUCUUCUCUUUCUUCAAACCGGUAACUGCUCUCACUCCCUCUUAUCUGUGUGCUCCUUCUCCCUCCCAUUUCCCUUCUGUUCUUUUCUCUUUCUCAACGAUCUAAACUUCAAUACACACUUGCUGCCUUCUCUCUCUCUCUCUCUCUCUCCCGCAAUUCCCACUCCCUUCUCAGGGUUUAUUGAAUGAAUUAAAUGGGUACUGGAGCAAUCGGAGGGAGCCGUUUCACCAAUGGGGAAGCUGAGAACAGUGUUCACAAGCAAGCUGAACAAGCUCCCAUUGAACGGUUUGUAGGUAGAAGCCAAGACUUGCUCUCUGAUGGAAGCAAUGCAGUAACGGUAGACCCUGGAGAACAGUCACGCCCACCCGUAGCCCCUGCAAAGAGCCACCAGAAGGAUCUAACAUUUCAGGAUAUGUAUCUAAACCAAUAUGCGUUCGAUGAUGAGGACGACGAUGACAGUGAUUGGGAGCCCUUUCAACUGCCAGUUAGCAGGGUCGAAGUUAUCAAGUGGUUCUGUAAAAAUUGUACAAUGGCUAACCUUGACGGCGUCGUUCUUUGUGAUAUAUGUGGGGAGCAUAAGGAUUCUAAAAUCGUAAAUUUUGGGUUUUUCGCUUCUUCCUUAGCAGAUGAUGAUGAUCUGAAUGGGGUCCAGCCAAAAAUAAAAGGGCUAACAGAUUGUGGCUCACAGGAUUCAGAAACAAUUAGUUCUACAGCAAUAGGCUUUGAUGAGAGAAUGUUAUUACAUGCAGAAGUUGAAAAGAAACCAAGUCUUCAUCCUGAAAGGCCAGAUCGUCUUCGAGCCAUUGCUGCUAGUCUUGCUAGAGCUGGUAUAUUUCCAGGAAGAUGCUUUCCAAUUCCUGCUAGAGAAAUAACUCGAGAAGAACUUGUUAUGGUUCAUUCUUUGGAGCAAAUUAAUUCUGUGGAAGUUACAAGCCAGGCAUUUUCUAGCUAUUUCACUGCAGACACAUAUGCCAAUGAGCAUUCCGCCCUUGCUGCUAGGUUGGCUGCUGGGUUGUGUGCUGAUCUGGCAUCAGCAAUUGUUUCUGGCCAUGCCAAAAACGGAUUUGCUUUGGUUAGGCCUCCUGGUCAUCAUGCUGGUGUAGCACAUGCAAUGGGGUUCUGCCUUCACAAUAAUGCUGCUGUAGCAGCAUUGGCAGCUCAGGCAGCAGGGGCUAGGAAGGUGCUAAUUUUAGACUGGGACGUUCAUCAUGGAAACGGUACACAGGAAAUUUUUAAUAGAAACAAAUCGGUCUUGUAUAUAUCAUUGCAUAGACACGAGAGAGGUUUGUUUUAUCCUGGUACUGGAGCUGCUGAUGAGGUUGGUAGUAGGGGUGCUGAAGGAUUUUGUGUAAAUAUUCCAUGGAGUCGAGGAGGAGUUGGUGAUAAUGAUUAUAUUUUUGCAUUUCAGAAUGUUGUCCUUCCUAUAGCUUCUGAGUUUGCUCCAGAUUUCACCAUAAUAUCCGCAGGUUUUGAUGCUGCAAGAGGUGAUCCCCUAGGAUGUUGCGAUGUUACUCCGUCAGGCUAUGCACAGAUGACACAUAUGUUGAACACCCUUUCUGGUGGAAAAAUGCUUGUUAUUCUCGAAGGCGGCUACAAUCUUCGUUCCAUAUCUUCAUCUGCCACUGCAGUAAUCAAGGUAUUGCUGGGUGAUAAUCCUGAAUGUGAACCGGAAAACAGCGUUCCUUCUGCAGCCGGCCUGCAAACUGUCAUGAAUGUCCUCAAAAUUCAGAAGAAUUAUUGGCCAUCCUUGGGACCCAUCUUUACUGAUGUGCAGUCACAAUGGAGAAUUGAGUAUCGCAGACUAAAGAGAAAACGUGUCAAGAAGCAGCGCAGAGUCCUGGCUCCUAUGUGGUGGCAGUGGGGUAGAAAAAGUUUGUUGUUCCAUUUCUUGAAUGGCCACCUUAGUGUAAAAUCAAAAUGAUUUUGUUGGCCUUGUGGAUCUGAAGAUUUGAUAUACAAGUGUACCUUGUAAUUGUUAGAAUGUUGUAUAUUCCUUCUUUGUUAGGACAAUGAGUUCUGCUUUUACCAUGAUCAUAACAUUGCAAAUGAAAAGUUUAUGGCCUUUCAUGUUGGUGGAAGGAUGGGAAAGAAGUUGAGUUAACAGUUAAGUCAUCAAAUUACAGAAAGGGACUACAAUUAUUUCUAA